UCGCGACCUUCCUCUUCCAUUCGGUAGUUGCUUCUCUCCCCCUCUCUCUUCUUCCUUUUUUUUUUUAAUCGAGGGGGGAUUGCCCGGUGUGUUGACGAUUGUCCCUAGAAUUUGUUUUCGAACGAGGCAAGAUUUGGGAUUUGAGGGUAAUGAUGAUGGGUUCGGAGUUCUGUGUCUGAUAAUGGUUUCAGUUUAUCUUCUCAGGUUCCCUCCUCCCUCCUCUCUUUUUCCUCCUUUUAGGGUCGUGAAUCUUCUUGGAGUUUAUUCGACGUGCUUGUAAUUUGCAGGACAUUGGAGAAAGGCUAUAGAUAGCUUUGUCUUCUUUGAACUUGCUUUCGUUGAUUUGAGAGGUCUGCGUUUUGCAUGUUGUAAAAUGUCUGGAGAUGAUUGAGGUUUUAGUGUGAGAUAAGGGCGCCAGGUAAUCGCUGAGAAGUGAAAAUGUCGCAGUGUUCUUUUUCUCUUCUUGUGAUUGAAUUCAAGUCGAAUGACAGUCUAGAAUACGUUGUUUCGCACCAAGUUGCUAAGUACUGUAUCCGCAUGCAUUACCUUUUAUUGCUUUAAAUGAUUCGGCUAGAAAAUUACUUAGCUUAGGAGUAGAAAGAUAUUCAACUAGCUUGACCGAGGAAGAGCUCAAGAACUCUUCUGAGAGGUUUGGUGAGACUGCGGAUGUGGGUGUGAAAAUUGACGUUUUGUAUGAUGCACUGGACAAAGUCCCACCGAGUUUUGGCAAGUGUUUGAUUUAAUGUUCGGUAGAAGUAUUACAUGUUAUCUUUUCUCUCAGUAUUUACCACUUGCUCUAAUUCACUUUUUCUCAUGAUGAAGAAGAAUAUUCAACUGCAAAACAAUCCGAGAGACGUAGAGUUGCUUGAUUUCGUUUCGUGGACAAUGAGCUUAGCUUGGUGCAUGUUAGAAGAGUUUUUAUAAGCAAAUGUUAUUUUCAUGUCAAUGGUUAGCUAAUCAGACUCUCUUCUCAUGAGUUCUUUAUGAGUAUUUUAAUUUAUAUGUUCUUUAUUUUAUUUGCUAGUUUUUUAUUGUUUAGUUUACUUUUUUAAUCUGAUGUGAAGUUUUUAUCCAAGUUGUAUAUACCGGUGAAGAACUGUUAAAUGGGUUGGUAUCGGUUUUUCUAGUAAUUAAUGUGUUCGGGUAUAUGGGUCAGGUACAUGCACACAUUUUCAUAUUUGCCUAUCAUACAGGUUGGAAAAGUGAAAAGAGAAACUUAGUUAUUGCACGUUACAAUGUAUAGCUUUUACUUGCAUUCUUGCAUAGUUUUUCUUGGUUCAUAUAGGAAAAUUUGCUUAGUGAAAGCUAGCAAAAUGUUUUGCUUUCUUAAUAUUCCCACAUCUAACAGCAUCCUCCUGGAUUAGCUCUUUCAGUUCUAUUUUUUUUUAUUAUCGUCGAAAUUUUGAAAACAGCAUGUUACCAAAUACUCUUUCAACUGUUUGGAUCGGUGAGUCUCCUUAAUCCUGCACUAUUAUCAUGACAACAUAAUCUAGCACUUACAGCAGUGUCAUGCUAUCUUAUACAGGUUUGGUUGGGCUUAAAUCAUGGGUGGUGGUUUAUCUGAGUUGGUCCAUAUCCAAGCCUAAUUUACCGGGCUGUAUCUGCUUCUGAUCAAAGCUUCUAUAUUUGCAUACAGCUUCUUUAGAAAAGUCCAACAAAGAAGACACUAAUUUGUGAUGCUAUGUUAACUUUAUUCCCCUAGACUGGCUCUAAAGUUUGCCUUUCUCAUCUUUGGCAUAUUCAGAGGAAGAAAAAUAAAAUGCACUUCUUAGAACUUUCUUUUCCUAAUCCUCUCACUCCAUCCAAUUCGCGACCUUCUGCUCAUUUCUCAACUUGUAUUUUACCGUGGCAUCAACCCAUCAAACUUGGAUACAACUCAGGUUCGGUUCCUAGAUUGUACACAUCAUUUGGAAAUUUCUCUCGGCCACUCAUUAGUUUGGGAAAAAGCACCCAUUCGGUUAGAGUUCAUUGUGGAAUGGCAGACCAUGAUGACAGUUUUUACAUGAGGAGGUGUGUGGAGCUUGCAAGGACAGCAAUUGGCCGUACAAGUCCCAAUCCUUUGGUGGGAUGUGUGAUUGUCAAGGAUGGGAAGAUUGUCGGUGAAGGAUUCCAUCCUAAAGCUGGUCAGCCUCAUGCUGAGGUGUUUGCUUUGAGAGAUGCUGGAAAUUUGGCGGAGAAUGCAACUGCUUACGUGAGCUUGGAACCAUGUAACCAUUUUGGAAGGACUCCACCGUGUACAGAAGCACUGAUCAAAGCCAAAGUGAGAAAGGUGGUAGUUGGGAUGGUAGAUCCUAAUCCACUUGUGGCUUCGAAAGGUAUUGAUAGAUUAAGAGCUGCGGGGAUUGAGGUGACUGUUCGUGUGGAGGAAGCACUAUGCAAGAAUCUCAAUGAGGCCUUUAUACAUCUGAUGCUCACUGGGAAGCCUCUUCUUUCUCUCAGGUGGUUGCAUCGGUACUCCAUCUCCCUUAACGGUCAAAUCUCAGAUCAUCUUGGUGAAGGAGCCACUGACUCUGGUGGAUACUACUCCAAGUUACUGCAGGAAUAUGAUGCAGUCAUACUCUCUUCAACCUCAUUAUCUGAUAAAUUGUCACUUCCCACUUCCCGAGAACCUGGUGCUAAUCAACCUCUUCAGAUAGUAAUAGCAAGAGGUUCCAAUGCCAAGCUUGAAGUCCCAGGUCUCACUGCAGGAGUUAAUUCCAAGCUUAUAAUCUUCACAGACAAAGAGAGUGGUGUGGAAUCAAAAGCGUCACUCCAAGGAGUCGAGACAGUUAUUUUAGAUCAGAUAAAUAUGAACGCCAUCUUGGACUAUUGUAAACGUCAAGGUCUAUGCAGUGUCUUGUUAGACUUCACAGGGAAUGCAUAUGACUUCGAAGAGCUUGUCAAGGAGAGUGUUGAGCAGAAUAUGCUGCAGAAGGUUUUGGUCGAAAUAUUGCCUCUAUGGUGUGAAAGAAAUGAUAGAAAUGCAAGUUUUCCAUUGAAUGUGGCCGAAGUACGCAAAAUGAAGAACUUGCAACCCAAGAUCUUUGAUAGGAGCAUUAUAUUGGAGGGUCAUCUUUAGCAGAACGGCAAAUUAACCAUAUAACGUGUAACCUUGUGGAAGAUGCUGUGCAUUGAAAUAAACAUUGACAUUUGCUU